AUGGCCAGCAACAUGAAAACUCUCACUCUCCACGCACACGGAACGGGACCUAACCCUUACAAGAUUGCGACAGCCCUUGAGUCCUUGGGCCUGCCAUACGAAGUCAAACUGUGGCAAUUUGGUGAUGCUCCCAAUGGUGUCAAAGGCCCCCAGUUCCUCGCGAUCAACGAGAACGGACGAGUCCCGGCGUUAGAAGAUCCAAACACCGGCGUUGUUAGCUGGGAGUCUGCCGCCGUAAUGUCAUACCUCCUCCGCGUCUACGACAAGACCAACAAACUCGGCCCCCGCGGCGACACCGAACAAGCCCGCGUCGACUUCGACAAAUGGACCAGCUUCCUCAUCUCUACGCUCGGCCCCAUGAUGGGCCAAGUAAACUGGUUCCGCCACUACCACAGCGAAAAGAACGACGAUGCCCUGAAGCGGUACGAAGAGCAGAGCUAUCGCUGCUACGGCGUGCUAGACGGGCAGCUGAAGAAGUCUGGCAGCCAGUUCAUCCUUGGUGGCGACACGCCGAGUGCGGUGGACUUGCACUUCUAUCCUUGGGUGUAUCAGCACGGCUUUGCUGGGUUGAGUUUGGAGAAGUAUCCAAAUGUGCAGAAGUGGUUGCUCAAUGUUGGGGAGUUGAAGGAGGUUAAGGCGGCUUAUGAGAAGGUGCCGAAGGGGAAGGAGAUGUAG